CAUGUAUAACCACAUCCUCAUGUUUAAUUAUAAUUACAAAACAAAUAUUUGAAUUGAAUGAAAUCUGAUCUCUUCCCUUACAAGGAUCCAUCUCACGUCAAUCCAAAUCAAUCGCAAAACAAUUUUGCGCACCAAAUUGCGACCGCCAACCGAACCGUGCCGUGGGCGUUGGCCGUCGAUCUUUUCUUCGUCUAAGAAUCUGUAGCAAAACUGUGGUUCUUGACGCACCGAGCGCCCCUUCUGUCUUGAAAGUUUAUUAAUUUCAUUGUGUCGUUGCUUUUCACUUCAUGAAGCGCCGCCUCGCAUACGCACUGUGUUCUGCCCCUCGCGGAAAAACGGUUAUGGCCAGAUCAAAUUGCUGACAUACGCGCGCGAACGACUUGUUCGGGAUUCGCGUAUAAAAACCAUCUUCAGUGUCCUACCGGGCAUCAGAGUUCAUCUGGGAGUCUUGUGGGAAUCAUCUCAACCGUGUGAAAAACCAAAGUCCAGCAAUCAUGAAGUGCAUCGCAGCUGUAGUCAUGGUGGCUUUCGUCGCUGUUGCCGAGUCCAGCCUGUUGCCGUUGGUGUACGGUGGAGCGGCCUACACCCUGCCCCACACCACCGUGGUCCAGAGCAAUUCGGCCCCAAAGUUGACCUACGCCGCUGCCCCGUACGCGGCCGGACUACAUUACUAUCCGUACGCCGCUGGUCUGCCGUACUACGCCUAUGGUGCCCCCCUGGCGUACGCCGCCCCAGCGCCAACUCUGUUGCUCCAGAAGGAAGCGCGCUACCUGGCGGCCAACCGCGGUGCCAUCCACGAGGCACUCCUGCCGGGACACGAGAUCUCCCAGCAGCAGCUUAAUCUGGAACCGGCUGCGGGGACCGUUUAAGUGGGCGGGGUGAUGACAAGGUUAAUUUAUUCGAGGACGUGAGGAAAAGUUUUAGUUUAUUUUGGAAAAAAUGAGGAAAUAAAUUUGAAGCGUUUGAUGUGAUA